AUGGGUGGAGGGCUGGGACAAGACUUAGGAGAGGUCAAUGAACUUGAGAAUGACAAGGAUGAAUGCCCACCUAACCCCAACCCAUUGAAAACUGGCACUCUGGCACCCAAAGCUAACCUUCCAUGUGGGGAGUGCAAGAAGGCAAAGGUUGAGUGUGGAGGUCAACCUGGGGAGUCAUGUGAGCAAUGCAGGCAGGCCAAGCAGAAGUGCAGCUGGGCACUCAGGGUAGGGAGAAAGCACAAGAACUCAGGCAGUGGGGAGAUGGCAGCUGGGCUGUUGCACAAGCAGACCAAGUCUGUUAUGGUGAUGACAACAAGUGACACACCUCCAGCCAUGGCUUCAGGGCCAGCAAUGACAGGGCUGAAGCUUUGA